AAAUGGCGGCUUCCUUGGUACCGUUCGAAGUGGACUUCAAUGCGGUUGGUGUAAGUGUUCUGUGACGGUAGUUGCUGCUACGACAGCGGCUCUCUGGCAGGCAUGGAGGAAGGAGAAAGACGGGCGAUACCGUCGAGCCAUUAUAAGGCUCGCAACGAGUAUUGCCGGAGACGUCGCAAACAGCAAGCCGAGUCCGAUCACCCAGCCGACAGAGCUCGACGAGAGAUCAGAUUGGCCAAACAGAGAGAGCGGACGCGGAUGAAGAGGGCUGCCGAGACCCCUCAAGAACGAGAAGCGAGAUUGGCGGCUGUCCGGAAGUACUACCACGCUCGUAAGCGUCCCAAGCUCCAAGCUCGUAAGCGCUCCAAGCUCGCCGCCUCCGAAGUCGCCGUUCAAAGAGGAGGUGACGCCAGUGCCGAGUGUAUGGAUAGACUGACGGACCAAUCCAUUCGUUCGUCGCAGUGUGUAUCGGCCACGAACCGCUUCAAUCGUGUCCUUCCGUAUGGCAACUCGUCUGAUGUGUGGCCAUUGUGUUCGGGCCCUCCAGAAGUGAACGAGCAUAAACCGACUAAGCAGCGGUCCCUGCUACGGUCCCUGCUACUAAAGGAUGUGUCCUUACCUCUGCAAACGAGAAGCACUGAAACGUCAAGGGAUGCAUCCAUUGCAGAUUGUGAACCAGAGAGGCACUAUGUCUGGCGGAAGGGCGUGCGAUUGCGCAUCCUCGAAAUGCCCGACGUAAUCGAGACGAGAGCUGUGGACAGGACCAAGGCCGUGGACGAGACCGGAGCUGUGGACGGGACCAAAGAACUUACAGUGCCGAGUGGCCCAUUGACAACAUUGCCUCCUGACGCGACCUGCGGAGACAUCAAGGACGACACGCCACCGCCAAAUAGCCCCCCUCCUCUGCUGUCUCUUGUCAUGGAGAGCGCCAGCAUCAAGGAGGAACCGAGCAGCCCUACGACCACUCUGCAUACUGUCAUGGAGCGUGUUGACAUCAAGGUUGAACCAAGUAGCCCCACGGCAAUCCUUCCUCUUGUGAUGGAGUGUGCAGACAUCAAAGAAGAACCAAGUAGCCCUACAGCCAUGCUUCAUUCUGAACACCUUGGCACGAAUGACAAAGGCCAGCAGCCCUUCUUCCAUGCAUAAUCUCCAUAAGGCGUGAAGCAACACUUAGACUACCAGACACAAAGCCACCAAAGGUAGUAUCCCAGGAAUCUCUGGUGGACAUUUCAUGGCUCCAGUGACACCGUGCAGCAGCAACACUUACAUCAGCGAACCUCAUGAGUACACCAUGUGCAGAGGUUGUUUCACACAUGUGGUUGAAAAGCUGCAUCUGUGCUCCAUCUUCAAGUGGAUGGUUAUAAACAAGCGCUCACCCACGAUCCAUUAGCUUGCGCACUCUGGCGAAAAAACGCUUCCCUCUUCGACCUGUGGAGGACUGUUCGUGCAGAGGCACGUUACGCGGAGUCUGUGGGAGCAUCGGCUCUCGGAAAGAAGACAACAAAGUGUGAAAGAAAAAAAUACCCGUCAUGCACUGUAUUCAAAUUACCUCCUGUAAAUAAUGUAAAUACAUUUGUGUCUCAUUCUCUACCAUGACUAUUUCUUCUACAAACUGGCACUGAAAGCCACUGGAGUAUGCUCGCCCGGACA